CAUUGUUGUUGUUCGAGUUAUUUCAGUAUUUUUCGUUAUUUAUAGUAAAAGUUUUCAAUUAAAAAGUGAAAUAUAUACAACCAAUUCGACAUACACUUAAAACUUAAUUCACAGCAAUUCUUCUGUAUCUCAGUUUUUAUUAUAUGAUGCGAACUUUGUCGAUGUAUGAACACUUAUAAAAGUUAUCGAAUAUUUAAUUCAAUUACUACAACUAGUCUAGUAAAUGUUUAUUAAUUGAAAUAAAUUCGUUUAUUGUCCAUUUGUGCGUAAAACAGACUACAAAAUGUUCAUUUAUAUGAGUAAAAAGAUUGCCAUUCCCAAGCAGUCAAAUGUUACUUGUAUAUCAUGGAAUCAUUCGUCAGGCUAUAUUGCAGUGGGCGGGGAAGAAGGAAUGUUAAAAGUUUUAAAAUUGGAGUCUGGUGGUGGAGGAAAUCUGUCUAUGAACUUAAGUCUGGAAGGGCACACGGGCCAAUUGCAAGUGGCUAUUUGGAAUGAAGUGUACCAGAAACUGACCACAAGUGAUGAACAUGGAGUCAUCAUUGUCUGGAUGUUGUACAAGGGUUCCUGGUAUGAAGAAAUGAUAAACAACAGAAAUAAAUCUACUGUCUCAAGUAUGGCUUGGGGCUCAGAUGGGCAAAAGAUAUGCAUUGCCUAUGAGGAUGGUGCUGUAAUUGUAGGAUCUGUGGAUGGGUCCAGGGUGUGGGGUAAAGACAUAAAAGGGCCUGGCCUUACUGCUGUGCAAUGGUCUCCUGACAACACUCAGUUGUUGUUUGCUUUGGUUGGUGGAGAGCUGCAGUUGUAUGACGACCAAGGAAAUUUAACAAUGCCAGUUGCCAUAAAUGGUGUGACAGCAUCAAUGGAGGUGGUCGCAAUGGAUUGGUACGCCGGCAAGGCGCCGCCCAACCGACCAGUGUUGAUGAUAUGCUACAAAAGUGGAAUUAUAUUGCUUAUGAAAAAUUGCGUGGAAGAAGAUAGCAUAGUAGUUGAAACUAACAUGAUGGCUAUUGACUGCCAUUGGAACCACAAUGGAACUGUGUUGGCGGCCGCCGGGUGCACAUCAGACCAGACCAAUGUGGUACAAUUCUUCAGUGCCUAUGGGGAGCACAUUCGAACAUUACGAGUCCCUGGCGGAGCGAUGCGCUCCCUAUCCUGGGAGAAGCGGUCCCUGCGUCUCGCCAUCGCCAUCGACUCGUUCAUCUACUUUGCCAACGUGAAGCCAGACCACAAGUACGCGUUCUACGGGAACACGCUGGCAUACGUGUCGGGCACGGAAACGGUUACCUUCUGGGAUACAGUUACGUUACAGUCGUGGAUGAACCACAUUCCGGACGUGAUAGAUAUGUGCGGCGCGGAUGAGUAUUGUGUUAUUGCCACACUCAAUAUGCUGAUUAUCUCCAAUCAGCAGGGGAUUCAAUGUGACGCUAAGGCUGUAAGUAUACCCAUUGUGUACGUGGCUAUCAACAGCAAAGCGACGGUAGUUGCUGCGUCGAAAGAAUCAUUUCUGGUUUGGAAGUUCUCUACGCCGUCCAGACCAAAAAGCACAGAACAUUUAUUUCGCGCCGACGGGACUCCGGUUACAACAGGAGAUGUCAGCUACCAAGACGAUACCAUUUGCUGUAUAACUUGCUCAGAUAGCCAUCUGCUGGUCGGUAGAGAUUCUGGCACGAUUCUGUUCUUCUCACUUGUGAAUUUCAAGAAGAUUACUUCGAUCAAUAUGAAUUCGAGGCCGUACAAAUUAGGACUUAAUUCUAAUUCCAGCAAAUUCUACGUAAUCGACCAGCCCGGUUCAUUAUACCUCCUCGACACCGACAUGGCCAACAACAUCAGCGUGGGGCAGGCGCUACGCAAAGACGUGUGGAGCGCGCUGUGGGCGAGUGACAACCCACAGAUGCUGGCCGUGGCUGAAAAGGCGCGCCUUUAUGUCAUGCGCGACACGGAGCCCGAGGAGCCGCUCGCGAUGCAGGGCUAUCUGUGCACAUUCAAGGAACUGGAGAUCACAUCAGCGCUACUAGACGGAAUCACGGACAAGUGCACGCCGCAGCACAUCGUACGAGUGGAAGUCAAGUCUCUUAGGGACACUCGGCAGCUCAUCGAGAAGGUCGGCUUGAAGGAGGCCGAGAACUUCAUUAAGGAUAACCCACACCCGCAGUUAUGGUUGCUAUUAGCUGAAGCAGCAUUAAAAGAUUUAGAAACCGAGUCAGCCUUGGAGACGGCGGAGGCGGCCUUCGUACGGCGUAACGACUACGCGGGAAUUAGAUUCGUCUCCCGACUGAACGCGCUGCAUUCGAAUGCGCUGAAGAAGGCAGAAAUACUCGCUUACUUUAAAGACUUCGAUGCAGCUGAAAAGAUAUACCAUGAUGAAGAUAGGCGGGACUUGGCUAUAGCACUACGGAAACGCCUCGGCCACUGGUUCCGCGUGGUUGAACUGCUCAAGCAAUCCGCAAGCACCACGGACGCGCAAGUCAAGCAGGCCUACAGCAACAUUGGCGACUACUAUAUAGACCGACAGAAUUGGACCGGAGCACUCGAGUAUUACACGAUGUCCAAUAACACGGAGGGGUUGAAGAAAUGUUACAUGGCGCUGGAGGACAACGAAGCCCUGUCGAAGCUGUUCACUGGCUCGCCUAGGCAACCUAAAGAUGCACCCAUGAAAACGAACAAUGACGAGAUGGGUGACAUCAUCAAUGAAACACCUUCCAUUCAAGGAAUUAUGCAGCUAAAGGAGACGGGUCGUAUGUUACAAGCUGCGGCCAUGGCAUUUCAGCUUGCUAACAUGGAGGCAUCAAAAUGCGUGUCUCCAUCCCGCAUAAAGAAAUUAUACAUUCUAGCCGGACACCUGUACACUCAGAAUUCUGUGGACGGAGCAAGGGGUCGGGAGGCCACACGAAGCUUUCGCCUGGGCGCCGCCCAGCACUGGUUCGCGAUGGCGGCCGCGCGCGCGCUCGCCCGGCCGCCGCGCCCCGACGCCGCGCUGCGCGCCGCCGGCCGCGCCUGCGCCGUGUUCCACGACUUGCAUCCCGCGCAGCAUCUACAGGUAUGGUGCACAAUAGCAUCGAUAGCAGUGGAAGCGAGAGCGUUUGAAUUAUGUUCGAAGGCAUUCAUUAAACUCGAAGCUAUCGAUCCCGACAACUUUGAAAAGUUGGCAAUAGAAAUUUUUACGAGAUGUAAACCUAAGGAUGUAAAGGGAAAUAAAAUCGAUUGCCCAAAUUGUAAUGCCGCCAUACCGGAAUGGAAAGCAGUGUGCCCCAGCUGUGACACCGUGUUCCCGGGCUGCGCGGUGUCGGGGCGCGCGCUGGUGGCGCCGCGCGCCGUGUGGGCGUGCAGCGCGUGCGGCGCGCGCGCGCAACACCACGAGCUCGUGCUGCGACACUCCUGCCCCAUGUGCCACGCGCCGCUUUAAGACCAAACGAACGAGUCACGUGCGCAAGGAAAUGUUUCCAGGAAAGCAGAUGGCCGAUAUAAGGCCAAGCAAACGUGUGACGUGUUCCCGGGCUGCGCGGUGUCGGGACGCGCACUAGAGAGGCGCCGCGCGACACUCCUACCCCAUGUGCCACACACCGCUGUAAGGCCGUCUUCAGAUUGGGACAUCGCUAUAGAGGCCGUGCACGUUGGAGGGUCUGCCAUCUUGUGACCUGAAUCGGAAACAUAAAACUGUACAUUGACACUUCCCGCCAAAGCAGUGCUGCCCUCUACAGUUCACGUACGUUUUCUUGUGCAUUGUAUUGUAGGUUCCGCCAUCUUGUAGGCUGUAGCUUAAACUUGACAUUUACACUUUGCGCCAAUAAACAGGGGGUCUCCUGAGCUGCCCCUAUAGUUCAUGCACGUUUCCUUUGUCAGUGGAAUAUAGGCAGAGAUAAUCAUACUGUAUUUUUCUUAUGUUAGUAUUUUAACCCCAAAAAGAGGUAGUUUUUUUUUAUUCUACUGAUCACUGUUACUGACAAAACUUGUUUGCCAGACUAUAUUUACGUGCGCUGUCUCGCUCACACCCAGAAGCAGCGUCCUGAUCCGCAUCACUGUGAUAAACGAGAUGUAUUAACCGACUAUUCACGCUGCCGGACUGAUUGCCGACGAUUCAUACUGGACGCUAUUUUAUUUUAUGAAACAAUUACUUCAAGUAGGUAAUGCCUACUCGAGUUUUUAGUCUCCUUGCCAUUGUGUCGCUUAACUUCAAACUCGGGUAAAUCUAUUCGACUGUCUUAGCAAAUAUCUACCCAUUACAUUUUCUUAAUACCAAAAUCGUAUACCUAAUCUGACAUGGAUUUACCCACGAUUUACCCGAGUUUGAAGUUAAGCGACUCAAUUAUUCAUCUUUAAAAAAAAGUAAAACCGACUUCAAAAUGGAUAAAAUAAAAUAUUAUCCCGUCUUAUAUGCGCUAGCAACCGAAACGCUUGAAGUCGGUGCCAACCUGCCAACCCAAAUAGUUACAAUUAUACUGGUUCUUUCUUUCUUAUCAAACUACACCAGGGUUGGCAUUCGUAGACGCUUUUAAAAUUUGGCUUCAGAACUUACUUGCUUAACAAACAUAAUGAAGAGGACAUAUAGCCAAAAGUGAAAUAUGCGUCGUUAAAGAGUCCCGUUCUCGUCAUCAUCAGCAGUUCCACUUCAUCAAAUGGCACUGUUUUGAAUGAAAAUGCUUAGUUUGUUGAUAAAAAUACUAAAAUCGCUAUAUACAUAUAGGCCUAAAAGAUUUGAGGAGGUCCCUAGAUUCCUCACGGAUCAUCAGAACUGGGUUUUGCCAAAAACGGGACCAACUUGGGACUAUAUACAUUCAAACAAAAAAAUAAUUUUCCAAAUCGGUUCAGAAAUGACGGGAGUUCUGAGGUAACAUACAUACGAAAAAAUAUAGUCAAAUUGAUAACUUCCUUUUUUGAAGUCGGUUAAAAACGAAUAUUAAAUGAAAUAAUAUUUCCUUGUUUUAAAUCACUUUAUUGAUGGUUUUCAAAAGAUGUGUGUGACAUUGUGUUAUUGUUGGUACAGUAACUAGUUGAAUAUGAUGUGACUAGAAAAUUACUGUUGUCUUAGUCUUAUAAAUAACUGUUCUCUAAAUGCAAAGUUUUUAAACAAUAAACGUGUUUAAACUGUAUGUGAAUA